AUGCCUCACACCGGUCAGGCGGGGGUCAACCAGCUGGGGGGCGUGUUCGUGAACGGGCGGCCGCUGCCCGACUACGUACGCUUCGACGAGACCGACUCCAUCAGGCUAGGCUUCAUCGGCGGCAGCAAGCCCAAGGUAAGCCCUCAGCACGGCUGCGACUCCAAGAUCCUGACGAGCUUCUACGAGACCGGCUUCAUCAGACCAGGCUCCAUCGGCGGCAGCAAGCCCAAGCAGGUCGCCACCCCGACGGUUGUCAAGAAGAUCCUGCGUCUGAAGUGCGAGAACCCUGGCAUGUUCGCGUGGGAGAUACGCGAGCAACUUGCGGCGCAGCGUAUCUGCGACGCCUCGGCCCUGCCUUCUGUCUCAUCCAUCAACAGGAUACUGAGGUGA